AUGUUGAAACCUCGAGAGACAAUGAUUGCGCUCUUCCUCUUUGGGAUACUGCUCUUAUGUGACAGCCAUGCUAUUCUGUCUAAAAGUUGCGAAAAAAAGAUCGAAGGAGAUUGUCCUGAUGCCAACAAGGUGAUGAUGAUGCUACCUAAGACAUACAUUCUUCAAUCUGCUUUUAAUAUGCCUACUUUCGACUGUGCACUUCAAGUUUUCUUCAAUAGAAGUCUUUCCUUCAGAGGUCUUUCCAAGAGUUACACAAUGUAUAAUUUAAUAGAUGUGUACAAAAACGGGCGAUACCAGGGUAAAGCCUUGUAUGUUAGAGAUUUUCAGGACUAUACGAUCAUACUGGACAAUCGGCCUGAAAUAUAUUUUCCGCCAAAGAGAAGUCUUCAAAUUUUGUUUUCAAACAAAGAAUCAUGUAUGGUAACAAAAAAUCCGGAAUCCCAUUUUCCUGACAAAGCCUGUAGCCUGCUUGUAACGGAAGGAACCUUUGAACACCCUCCCACGGAAUGCACCGAAGCAUUCAGAAGACACUGUGGAGAUCCUGCACGCAACUACACCAAUAUAAGCCAAUGUCAACAACACAAUAACUACAUCCAGUGA